CGGCUGUUCGUCACUGACGAAGAGAGUCUGCGCCGAGUGACGUGAGUUAGAGCGCGACCGUCAGUGAAGGAUCGAAGCGCGAGUAACGAGGGGAAAAUGAGUAAAGCGCACCCGCCCGAGUUGAAGAAGUUCAUGGACAAGAAGCUAUCACUAAAGCUGAAUGGUGGAAGGCACGUGCAAGGAAUUCUACGUGGUUUUGACCCCUUCAUGAAUCUUGUGGUGGAUGAAUCUGUGGAGAUGGCACCCGGUGGCCAGCAGAAUAACAUUGGCAUGGUGGUGAUUAGAGGAAACAGCAUUAUCAUGUUAGAAGCAUUAGAAAGGGUAUAGUGAAGACAUCACCGUUUCUGAAUUAGCGGAGAUGACUCUACAAAGAUGGCGCGAACUUACAGCAUUGAAUCUUCCUGUCAUGCAGUGGAAAAGGAUUUGCAGCUAACUUUAUAAAGCCCACUUAUUUACAUUAGUGAAUAGCUUGGAAUUUGUACUUGGACAACUAAUUAAAGAAUAUUAAAUAAGUGUUUUUGUAUGAAAA